AUGAGGAGUAAAUUGUUCUCUUUCUCUCUGACAGGGGAGGAGCACCGUCUCUCUGAACUGAGGAUUGUGCUGCUGGGGGGGAGACGGAGUGGGAAGAGUUCAGCAGGAAACACCAUCCUGGGCAGAGAGGAGUUUGAGUCUGGAAUAAGAACUGCACAGUGUGUGAAGAGACAGGGGGAAGUAGCUGGGAGACAGGUCACUGUGGUCGACACACCAGGCUGGUGGGAAAAUUAUUCUGUGAAUGACACUGCAGAGCUGGAUAAACAGGAGAUUGUGCGCAGCGUGUCUCUGUGUCCCCCGGGACCCUGCGCUCUCUUCCUGGUCAUUAAUGUGAGCUCAGCAUUCGGAGAGGAACACAGGAGAUCAGUGGUGGAACACCUGGAGCUUCUCAGUGAGAGGGUCUGGAGACACACUAUAGUGCUGUUCACCAGGGGAGACUGGCUGGGAGACACAACCAUUGAGCAGCACAUUGAGACUGAAGGGAGGGCCCUCCAAGAGCUCAUAGAGAAAUGUGGAAACAGGUAUCAUGUUCUUAACAAUGAGAACAGGGCUGAUGGGACUCAGGUCACAGAGCUACUGGAGAAGAUAGAGAUGAUGGCAGGGCAUGGAGGCUCUCACUAUGAAGUGGAUAGAAUGCUCUUACAGGAGGUGGAAGAGAAGAGGAGGGCAGUGGAACAGCGAGUGAAACAGAGGAUGAUGAAGGUUCAGAUGCGGAGAAAGACUCUCAGAGCACUUUUUGAGGGUAAGUAUUUUUCAUAUAUAGGCUUUACAUGUAGAGGAAUUACAGUGGAAUAUUUACAUUAAUCAUAACUACGUUGAAUUAUUUUCUAUUGAGCAGUUUUACCAAUGAAAAGAGUUACUCCAGUGAAAGGUGUAUAUCUGUGUUUACCUUUAUCCUGACUUUCCCCUGUGCUGUGUACUGAGGUGUGAGUGAGUGCUUAAAGAGGCCAUUUUGUACAUAUGAUGAUGUGGAAUACCUGAUUUUAGUUUUGUAUGAAUGAGUGCCAAAUCGAAGGCAGUCUGUCCCACGCCAAUGUGACACCUUGGGGAGAGAGAUGCGGCAAUGCCGAGGGACACCGUUUCUGUCGCAUGGAGAGAGAGAGCGCACACAAAAAAACAAAAUAAAAUUAACAGACCGCUUCACCAUUCCCCCUCACGGGUUCCGGGCAAAAACAAUGAACUAAAACAGCAAGCUAAAAUAACAAAGACAAAAGAAAGUAAAACAGAGCGACAGCUAUUUCAGUUCGCCGCUCUGCAGCCGACCGGCCUUCCCGGCCAGGUCCAGCUCCUCUAGCAUCCCAGCUGAGGAAUGCUUUCUAUCCAGUGCUCAAAAUAACACAAAACAAAAAUCACAAAUGCGCUCUCUGUGUUAGCUCCCGGUCUCGGCCCCAAACUGUGGAGAGCAGCACACCUUUAAGCACCUGGGCUGAUUAGCUAACGCAGCCCAGGUGCAUGUGCUCUCUCCACCAGCCGGCGCAGCCGAGACCAAUCCGCCUCUCAGGCGGACCGACUGCGACACAGUCAUAAUUCCUUAUAUAAUAAUUUUCACUGCAUUUUUUCAUUUUUCUCCCUGUUGGCAAUUCCCAGUGUAAUUCAUAAUCCAGUGUCAUCACUGCAGCCACCCUGAUUAAACAGGGUGCAGAGAAGCACACGUUCCCUUUGAAGUGUGGCUGUCAGCUGCCAAUUUCUCUUCCCUCCACAGUUGUUGAGUAGCAGGAGCUGAUUUCAUGAGCGCGUUUAGGCUGCAGACAUUCAGUGGAACUGAGGCGGUUCAUUGUGUUGGAUGAGACAGAAAAUCCUGCUGGCUGAACUCUCCCUGCUGCUGCCAAUUACAUGCUGCCCUGUGGAGCUGCCAGCAAAGCCUGCACUGCACAGUCAGAGUUUGAUAGCAGACUGUGGGGUGCAUCCACAAAAUGUCUUAGCAGGAUGAGUCACCCAGCAGCCCCAUAACACUAAUGCACUUAGAAAUAUAGCAAUGUUCUUCUUGCUAUAGAUAUUGUGUGAUUUUUUUUUCAAUCUUUAGAUAUUCUCAUUAUAUUAUUGA